CAGGAAUUAUGGCGUCGGACUUAUCGCACGCACGGAGGAAGAGAAGAAAAUGCAGUCACUUCUUUUUUUCAUUCCUUUUUCUUGCAAACUUCUCCGUCACCUCGGCCUUCCACACCAUGCUCCCAUCCAUGCACCGACCCGUGAAGGAAACGCGCCGCCGCACGCUCAUGCGCGCGCGGGCGAAGGAAGAAAGCCUGGGUAAUGCAGUGGACGCGAACUUGUACGUUGACCGCAGUUGCUCGGGUUGUGGAACAUGUCGGAGCAUCUGUCCUGGUGUCUUUGGUGACCUAGGGCUGCAAUCGGUAGUGGAGAGAGAGCCUUUGGAUAAAAACGAGACACGGGCUGCGUACCGUGCAAUGGUCACAUGUCCUAUGGGUGCGAUCAGAUUGCGUAAGCCAGAUCCUCUUGUGAAAGAGGUGGUGAUGCACGACUUCCCCACCCCUCUGGAUCCUGUAGCGCUUCCCGGAGUGUAUUUUCUGGGAUAUCACAACCGGGAGAGCAUGGGUGUAACGCCGUACUUAAUCGUGCGGGACAAUGGCGAAGGAAACAUAAUGAUAGAUGCCCCACGAUUCAAUGGACGACUGGCACAGCAGAUCGAGUCUUUGGGGGGAGUCCGAUACAUGAUAGUGACACACGAAGGCUCUGCGCCCCAUCACGACCUGUGGCACGCCUUCUUCCCCUCGUCUGAACGAGUCGUGCACCGGAUGGACGUGACGCGAGAGAUGAGGGGGCAGGGUGGAGGCUAUCCUUCAAGGAAAGGGACCUUGGCGUAUCGACGACGACGUGAAGAUCGUGGCGCUCCCCGGCUACUCUCCUGGCUCUAUCGGCGUCCUUUUCCAUCCCUCGUCAGUGAGCAGCAAUGGAAUAGAGGAGGAUUCGAAAUGGGGAAAGGAUGGAGAGCGAAAUGGCAUCCUCUUCAGCGGGCGGACCCUGGGGUGGUCUGCCCGCUUGAAUCGCUUGGAUGGCUUCGCGCAAUUUUCUCGCGGAAGCUUGAGGAAACAGCAGCGAGUAUCAAGGGGCUGGGCAAGGAAGACUUUGCGUGGAUACUUCCCGCGGAGGGGCUCAAAUUCCAUCUGCCUGGAGGAGGGAAUGCGGAGACGAGAGAACGUCUCUUGGCGGAGGCGGCCGAGUUGUUUCUGGCCCGGGGCCGCGUGGGCGGGCUAAAUGUAUAAAGCAAGCAUGUCAAUUAGACCCCGCGG